CGUCGUCUCCGUCGCGUUGCGAUUUCGGCGUUCUGUCCGCUGGGGCACCUGAAGGAGACUCUGGGACACCGAAGCCGUCCCCCUUGGUCCUCUUUUGCUGCUGCUGCUGCUGCUGCUGCCGCUGCCUGCGCUCUAUGAGGAAGAUGCUCGCUGCUGUCUCCCGCGUGUUGUCGGGUGCCGCUCCGAAGCCGGCUAGUAGAGUGCUGGUUGCAUCCCGUAACUUUGCAAAUGAUGCUACAUUUGAAAUUAAGAAAUGUGAUCUCCAUCGGUUGGAAGAAGGCCCCCCUGUCACAACCGUGCUCACCAGGGAGGAUGGGCUCAGAUACUACAGGAUGAUGCAGACUGUCCGCCGAAUGGAAUUAAAGGCAGAUCAGCUGUAUAAACAGAAAAUAAUCCGGGGCUUCUGCCACUUGUGUGAUGGUCAGGAAGCAUGCUGUGUGGGGCUGGAGGCCGGUAUAAAUCCCACCGAUCAUCUCAUUACAGCCUAUCGGGCUCAUGGCUUUACCUUUACUCGUGGUCUUUCUGUCCGAGAAAUCCUCGCAGAGCUAACAGGACGAAGAGGAGGUUGUGCUAAAGGAAAAGGAGGCUCAAUGCAUAUGUAUGCCAAGAACUUCUAUGGGGGCAAUGGCAUUGUCGGGGCUCAGGUGCCCCUGGGAGCUGGCAUUGCUCUGGCCUGCAAAUACAACGGAAAAGAUGAGGUCUGCUUGACUCUCUAUGGUGAUGGCGCGGCUAAUCAGGGUCAGAUAUUUGAAGCUUACAACAUGGCAGCUUUGUGGAAAUUACCUUGUAUUUUCAUCUGCGAGAAUAACCGCUAUGGAAUGGGAACAUCUGUCGAGAGAGCAGCAGCCAGCACAGACUACUACAAGAGAGGCGAUUUUAUUCCUGGGCUGAGGGUAGAUGGAAUGGAUGUCCUGUGUGUCCGGGAGGCUACAAGGUUUGCAGCUGCCUAUUGCAGAUCUGGAAAGGGGCCCAUACUGAUGGAGCUGCAGACUUACCGUUACCACGGACACAGUAUGAGUGAUCCUGGAGUCAGUUACCGUACACGAGAAGAAAUUCAGGAAGUGAGAAGUAAGAGUGAUCCUAUUAUGCUUCUCAAGGAUAGAAUGGUGAACAGCAACCUUGCCAGUGUUGAAGAGUUAAAGGAAAUUGAUGUUGAAGUGAGGAAGGAAAUUGAGGAUGCGGCUCAGUUUGCUACAGCUGAUCCUGAACCACCUUUGGAAGAAUUAGGUCAUCACAUCUACUCCAGUGAACCACCUUUUGAAGUUCGUGGUGCAAAUCAGUGGAUCAAGUUUAAGUCAGUCAGUUAAAGGGAGACCACAUGUGAAUUUCUUACUAGACCUUCAAUGGGAUAGUUCUCAUUACAUUAAGCCACUGUUUGUGUUUUAAGGAGGAAUAAAAUCCACAAAAUAAGUCUUAUAAAAUUUGCAUUAAGGCUAAAUAGUAUGUAGAUUAAAGGGAUAUUUGCAUGCAAUUUGUACAUCUUAACAUUGAAACAUGUUAAGAAGUACUUAACUGUUUCGUGUAAAGAUUUUAGAUUUAUAACAGGUCUAAAAUAAAAUAGGACAUAGGAGCCUUGAUGGUGCAGUGGUUAAGCACUCGGCUGCUAACUAAAAGGUUGGGGAUUUGAACCAACCAGCCAUUCCACAUGGGGAAGAUGUGGCAGCCUGCUUCUGUAAAAAUUACAGCCUUGGAAACCCUAUGGGGCAGUUCUGCUCUGUUCUUUAGAGUCGCUAUGAGUCAGAAUUGACUCGACGGCAACGGGUUUGGUUUGUUUUUUUUGUUUUGGUUAAAACAGGAAUUACAGUUUAGCGCUUCCCCAAUUUAUCUCCUAAUGCAGUUCUAAUUUGACUUAGCUGUAUGCUAUUUUAAUACUCUUUUUAGUUACUAAAAACAAUUCCUUUGUAUGUAUGCCUGCUCCAACUCUGCCACCUUUUUGGGGGGGAGGCUCACUGCCCUGAGGUAGCAGUGCUCGGCAGACUCACAGGAAGCAGCCACUAGCACAGCUUUGUAGAGUAGCAGCCCCCGUUCUACAGUGCAGCACUGGUGCGGGAGCCUGCGACACUGGCCGUGGGCCAUCCUCUCCUCCUCCGUGCCGAAGCCUGGCGUUUAUGAUCUUACAGGCAGGAGCAGAAGGCAGUACCGAGCCCUCUUCAUCUGCAAAGCCCAUUUGUACAUUCAAUAUGAAGAUAUUUUCUUAAUUGUUUUGUAUUUACAUUCAUAUCCAACAUCAAACGCAAGGAUUAUUACCUCUUUUUCAAAUUUAUGUGCAGUAUGAAUGAAUCAUACCGUAUAAAUCUAAAACAGAUCUCCUAGCCUUUUCAUUUCUUUAAAUAAAACAACUAUGGUUUCGCCUCUUCCAGCAAGUGCUAUAUAGGGUAUGCUGACUUUCUUUUAUUGAAGUAAAAAUCCAUCUUUAAGAAUUUCAAAGACUACCCUGGGAUGCCAAAACUCAGACUCACAAUCAUUGUGCACGUACGUGAACAGAAGCUUUAACAACAAAGAUGGAUGGUGUACCUGGCUGUGAUUCCGCCUCCUGCUCGGUUUUGGGGGGCUCCCGAGCCCGUGCUCUGUACUGGGAGACAGCCUUCCAGACCCUGCAGAGCAGGCCACCACUACAGGACAAAGAAAAGCACCCCUUUAGGGUUACAAGAAGGACCUCAUUCAAAGCAACAAGGCAAAAAUACUUCUUUAGGAGCCGUUGGGGCAAAAGUAACAGCAUCUCAUUCUAGAUGUCUUUAUAGCGGACAUCUAGUCUUAAAAAAUGCACCCCUAACUCAAACAUACCAAAAAUACCAAUCUGUUCCUCUUCACGUGUGGAGGUGACACUUGCGCCCCAGCAGUAGUGGGACAUGGACUUCGAGGUUAAGUAGUGUAAAGGAAAAUGUCUGUUCCCCGGGCAUCUGGUUCCUUUCCUCACCCCAUUCCCAGCCAGGCUCGGGCUGGGAAAAGCAAACUAUGGAGAGCAGCUCCUUUCUCCUCUCCCCACUGCUGCCACCCUCUCUGAACCCGGCAACAGUCCAGAGUUUGGAUGGAGGCUGGCUUGUUUUAUUUUCUGGCUAAGCCAGAGGAAGGGGGGUUAACGACAGUUAGAGGAGGCCAGUUACUAAAACUUCAAAGGGUAAUCAUGCAGGAAAAGUAGUUUUCCAUUAAAUGGUUUUGAGGCGAUUCUUACCGAAGUCGAAUGCAUCUUAGAUCUUCCUUAGUGAUGUCGUGAAGAAUAUUAUAAAGUGUAUAACCCUCUUUAGUAAUCUGAAACAAAGACCAAAUAUACAGACACGGUAAGAAGCUUUAAGAAGAGCAUAUGAAUAGCUGUAUGAUUACUGAUUUACCUUUUCAAUUGUCUCAGCAUCUGCUCCUUGUAGUUUCAGCCAGUCUUCCAGCUCUUGAUCUCCUCUGUGCCCGGGAAACCCAGGACGGGGUGCUGGGUCCUCCGUACUACCUGUAAAUUGAUUAGAAAUAUGUUUUAUUGUAUAUUAAUGUUAGCCAGUAAAACUCUUCCCAGGAUAAUAACCAGUUGGGUGUAGUAAACUCUUCCAGAACACAAAUGGGGUGAUGUGAAAAGGAAAUGAAUUAAGUCUGUAUUACUCAGUUGCUCUAAUACAUAUUAAACAACGAUUCAUAGUUCUUGGAUUCUGUUUCCAGAGCAUAAAAUAAUCCUUACCUGUGUUGCCUUGGUUUAGCUUGGAAUUUGACAUGUUUUCUGCCUACCACCUCAUAUACUUAUUAUUCCUUUGCCUUUAAAUGCCUUUUUCUUGGGAAUCAUAUCCCUAACUGCAUUGACAGUCAAGUGAGGAAAAAGAUUUCAGUAUUAUUUGCCUCAGUUUAUUCAUCCCACAUUCUAAGAGGUAGCUAUAGCUCUUUCCCACGUGGGACAAAAUGAAGAACUCAGGUUUACUGAGGUAUACUUUAUGCAGUAAACCAGCCUUUUUAGGUAAACCAAAAAACCAAACCCAAUUCCAUCUAGUCGAUUUUGACUCAAAGUGGCCCUACAGGAUAGAGUAGAACAGCCCCAUAGUGUUUCCACAGACUGCUGCAUCCUUCUCUUUUUUUUUUAGGUAUACAGUGCUAUGAACUUUGACAAAUGCCAAUAACCACUACAACCAAGAUAAAGUAAUUUACGUCACUCCAAAAGUUUCCUCGGGCCUGUUUGUAAUCCCCUUUGCACAACUCCAGCCAUUUUGAUUUGUUUUCUUUAUAGUUUUGCCUUUUCCAGAAGAUUGUAUAAAUGGAAUCAUAGUAUGUAGCCUUUUGAAUCUGGCAUAAAGCAGCAUAAAGCAGA